GUGACCACCUAUAAUGUUUACAUCUAUUUGUUCAAGAAGGUCCUGCUGAACAUCCCCGAAUCCUGCCGCAACGAUGUCCUCGCGCCACUUCGACAAUCCGUUUGAGGAUUACGAUGCUUCAAAGCACGGUGGAACCGACGAAACAACCCUGCUCGAUAAGCCGCUCAUCCUGAAGCUGGUCAAGGACUACGUCGAAAGGAUACUCGCCGGAAGUGGCAAAAGUGACUACAAGCUGCGCGCGGAUCUGUACGUCGGAGAAGCCGGAAUCGCCUACAUGUUCGAGAAGCUGAGUCGCUCAACGCAGUUGAAGGACCUGUUUCCGUGUCUAGAGCACGCGCACCACUUUAUUCAACGCGCCAAGGAAAUCGCCGCCGCUUCCAGCAAGAGCAGCAGAACUUCCCGGGUGGCCUUCCUGUGCGGGAACGCGGGAGUUGCCGCCGUUUCCGCGGUCAUUGCGCACGACCUGGGCGAGCAGGACGAAGCGGAUCGAGAGCUGCACCGGUUUCGCGAGGGUUACUCGGUGGCCGUGUCCGGUGGUUACGACGCGGACGAGAUUUUGGUUGGCCGCGCUGGGUACCUGAGUGGGGCGUUCUGGUUGAACCAGGUUCUGCCGGCGAAGCCGAUCAAGCGCGCGGAGAUUGAAGCUGUUUGUACGGUUUUGUUGAAACGUGGCCGGGAGUACGCCAAGGUUAGGCGGUGCGCCGUUCCGCUGAUGUACGAGUACCACGAGAGUGACUAUUUGGGGGCCGCUCACGGGUUGUGCUCGAUUCUUCACAUGCUGCUGGAGUCGCCGUGGUUCGGUGAAGGAUCGGGCGCUUCUGAGACGAAGUUGGCCGACAUUCGCGGAUCCGUUGAGGCGUUCCUCCAGAUUCAGGACGAGGAUGGCAAUUUCCCUACGCGACUGGUUGGUUCCGAUAAAAAGUUGAUCCACUGGUGCCACGGAUGUUCCGGAGCGAUCUACUUGCUGGCCAAGGCUUAUCUGGUGUUCAAGGAGGAGAAGUACCUCGCCGGUUGUCGCAAGUGUGCCGAUUCGAUCUGGCGCCACGGUUUGCUGUACAAGGGCCCGGGCAUUUGCCACGGAGUUGCCGGCAACGGAUAUGCCUUCCUGCUGAUGUAUCGAUUGACCGGGGAGAAGCGCUACCUGUACCGUGCGGGGAGGUUUGCGGAAUUUUUAAGUGCCGGAUGUUUCGUCGCAAAUGCUCGCACGCCGGAUCGUCCCUUCAGCUUGUACGAAGGACUCGCUGGAACGGUUUGCUUUCUCGCGGACCUGCUGGAACCCAGCCAAGCUUCGUUCCCAUUUAUGGACGUGUUUGGUGUGAAAUACGCCGGCAAUGAGUAAAAAUAGA